AUGAAAUAUUCCAUCUUCAGCGCGGCACUGGCUCUGGCAGUCAGUGUGUCUGCUGCUGCUUUCCCAAAAGUGUCGUCUAACGUCGACAAACGUGAAACUGCCAGCCAGAUAAUCCCCGAGUACUUCACUGGUAGCUGCAGCAAAGAGAAGAUGACCAUCCGUAAGGAGUGGCGCCAUCUGACUGCAAACCAGCAGAACAAAUUCCUCGAUGCCGUGCAAUGCCUGAUGGACAAGCCUGCCAAAUCCGGUCUGACGGCUACUACCAGCCGGUUCAGUGACCUUCAAGCUCUUCACCGUGGAAUGACCAAUACUGCAUACGCGGAUAUCAUUCACCAUGUUGGCCAAUUCCUCCCGUGGCACCGCUACUACAUGCACAUUUACGAGACAUUACUCCGAGAUGAGUGCAGUUAUACUGGCCCCAUACCGUGGUGGGACGAACAGAAGGACGCCGACAGCGGUAAUAUGUGGCAGUCAUCCAUGUGGGGACCAGAUGCCUUCGGCGGAAAUGGUACCGGAUCAGACCUAUGCGUGACUGACGGUCGUUUCGCCAACUACACCUUGCACAUUGGUCCUGGCGACGAAGACACCGACUAUUGUCUGCGCCGUGCAUGGGACAACGAGAACGCGAUUGCCAAUGCGAACAGCACCGCUCUCAACAACUGUAACGCUUACAACACUUUCUCGCCCUGGUGGGAUUGCAUUUCCAACAUUCCCCAUAAGGGUGUGCACACCUACAUCGGCGGUGUGAUGGCCGAUAUUAAGUCCUCCCCCGGUGACCCAAUUUUCUUCAUGCAUCACAUGUACAUCGACCGUGUUUGGUGGAAGUGGCAGAAGGAGGAUCCUAUCAACCGUCUCUACGAUAUCAGCGGUCCUACCUUGAACCAUACUGCCAAUGUCGAACCUGCCGGUGGCUGGCAGAAUGCAACCCUUCACUAUGAGUUGUCGUCCUUCAACAUCAAACCUAAUGUUACUAUUGGGCAGGUUAUGAACACCCAGGGUGGAUACCUUUGCUACGGGUAUGAUUAA